AUGAAAGGCAGCAAUAGGAAUAAAGAUCAUUCAACAGACAGAGAAGGGACUGGAAAACGACCAAAGAGAAAGUGUCUUCAGUGGCAUCCACUACUUGCAAAGAAAAUCCUUGACUUUUCCGAAGAGGAGGAGGAAGAAGAGGACGAAGAAGAUAUUGAUAAGGUGCAUCUUCUUGAUGCUGAUGGUCUAGAGCACGAUGCUGAUGAAACAGAAGACGAGGAAUCUUCAGAGCAGCGAGCUCGCAGGCCAAUGAAUGCAUUCCUUCUGUUCUGCAAGCGUCACCGUUCCCUUGUACGGCAAGAACACCCCCGUCUGGACAAUCGUGGUGCUACCAAAAUACUGGCAGAUUGGUGGUCUGUUCUAGACCCUAAAGAAAAGCAAAAAUACACCGAUAUGGCCAAGGAGUAUAAGGAUGCAUUUAUGAAAGCAAAUCCUGGCUAUAAGUGGUGCCCACCUACAAACAAACCUGUGAAAACUCAGUCAUCCACUGUUACUAACCGGAAAAAGCUGUGGGCUUUCCCAUCAGAACCGGCAAAGGAUUUGCCAAGUCCAAAAAAGUUGGUGAAGACUGAAGAUAUGCCUCAGCUGAACUUUGCAAUGGCAGAUCCUACACAAAUGGGAGGCCUCAGUAUGCUACUGUUAGCAGGAGAACAUGCCUUGACUGCACAAGAGGUUUCUUCAAGUGCAUGCCAUUCCGAUGCAUCCAACUCUACCGAAGGAUGUCUGAAGUCACCAUUGUUUCAGUUUGCUGAGAUCUCUUCAAGCCCAUCACAACCAGAUGUCCCUUCAGAUGCAAAAGAAAGUGAGGAUUCUACACUAUUUUCAUUUUCUGAGUUGAUGAAUCCUGAACCAGUAAAGCACUGUAGGAAGUCAGCACUCUUCCAGUUGGCAGAGAUUUCAUCAAGUACAUCCCAUUCAGGUCCUUCUGAAUUAACAAAGCAGUGUGGGACAUCGGCAUUGUUUCAGUUGGCAGAGAUGUGCCUUGCAUCAGAGGAAGUAAAAGUACAGGAACCUGGAAAGGCAAAACUGGAAGCUUCCAAUAUUAUCAAAGCAUUGGAAGAAACUGAGGAGAUGAAGGUUGAAGAGCCAGAGAAGGCAAAAGUAAAAGCUGAAAAAUCUCAGAAAGUGAGAGCCCAAGAACUUGAAAAGACAAAGCCUGGAGUGUUAGAGAAGGUGGCAAGAUGCAGUCAUGUUGCAGAUGCUACUUCGGACAGCACAGUGUUAAGUAGCACAAAGGCAGAGGACUUUGCAUGCCAUUCCCAUGAGUUAACAAUGGCCGACAUCAGCACCUUGGGUUUAAUUAAGCCUGAGAAGUUAAAAAAGAAGAAGAAGAAAAAUAAGCUGGACCGGCAAACUCUUGAAAAAUGUACCCCUAAGAAGGCUUGCAAAAAGAGGCAGUCUUCAGAGUCAGACAUUGAGAGUGUAAUUUAUACCAUUGAAGCGGUUGCAAAAGGGGACUGGGGGGCAGAGCGGCUUCUGGAAAUGCCUGGCAAGAAAGUUCGCCUUUCCUCAACCACGAAGGGGAAUUUCUUUGACAUAAAGUCACCAAAGAAAAAAGUGAAGUCAAAAGAAAAAAGAGCGCUAAAGGAAAAAUGCGUAGAGACCACCAAAGAAUCAAAGCCUCCUGAUUUUUUUGACAUUACAGAUCACAAAGAGUUACAAUGUGAUGUUCCUGAAAGCAUAAAAUCAGAACCACUGACCCCAACAGAGGAGGUGAUGCCACCAAGUUUGCCAGAGCAGGUCAAAAUUGAGGACAGUGACUGUAGCAAAAAAACAGAGACCUGUGGCUCAAGAAAAUCUGAGAGAGCUUGCAAAGGUGCUCUAUACAAAACUCUGGUGUCAGAAGGCAUGCUCACAUCCCUGCGUGCCAAUGUUGACAGAGGGAAACGAAGCUCAGGAAAAGGUGGCAACUCUGAUCAUGAAGGAUGCUGGAAUGAAGAAAAUUGGACAUUUUCCCCAAGUGUAACAAGUGGAAACAAGAAGCUUAAAAAACCUAAGCCAAAGGAAGAAACCGUUUUGGGCUUAGCGAAGCUGGAAGAGGAAUUUGAGAAAAAAUUCAACAGCCUUCCUCAGUACAGUCCUGUCACAUUUGACCGGAAAAGUGCAUCCAUACCAAGAAAAAAGAAGAAGGUUGGGAGCUGCUCAGCAGAUCAGCCAAAAUCUAGCAAAGAGUUGGCAAGUAUGCAAGAACCUUUGGUUGGCAGCCAGAAGAGAAAAGCAAGGAAAACCAAGAUCACUCAUCUGGUCCGGACUGCAGAUGGCAGAGUCUCACCAGCAGGAGGAGUUUUAGAAGAGAAACCAAAGGAACAACUGCAGGGUGAUCUUCAGAAGACAUCAAGUACAGGGACAGACUGCAACAAAGAAUCCUUGCAAAACACUGGAUCAGAAGAAGGUCAUAGUAUUACACCAGACAUGCCAUCGGUAUCUGCAUUCUUUAGCCUAGCUGCUCUUGCAGAGGUAGCAGCAAUGGAAAAUGCACACAGGACCCCAAGGACGGCACCUCUUCCACAUGAUGGACAGCCAAAAGAAAUGUCUCAGGCUCCAGUGCUUAUUUCCUGUGCUGACCAGUGAAGCUCUACCCUAUUGUAAAAGUUGUGCUUUACCUAAUAUCCUAGCCUUGUCUUUACCAAUGGAUGCUAGUCAGUCCAUGUGAUGGA